AUGGUUCUUGGUUCUAAAGUGGGUCUUGGUCCUAAAGUGGUUCUUGGUUCUAAAGUGGGUCUUGGUCCUAAAGUGGUUCUUGGUUCUAAAGUGGGUCUUGGUCCUAAAGUGGUUCUUGGUCCUAAAGUGGUUCUUGGUUCUAAAGUGGUUCUUGGUCCUAAAGUGGUUCUUGGUUCUAAAGUGGGUCUUGGUCCUAAAGUGGUUCUUGGUCCUAAAGUGGUUCUUGGUUCUAAAGUGGGUCUUGGUCCUAAAGUGGUUCUUGGUCCUAAAGUGGUUCUUGGUUCUAAAGUGGUUCUUGGUCCUAAAGUGGGUCUUGGUCCUAAAGUGGGUCUUGGUCCUAAAGUGGUUCUUGGUCCUAAAGUGGCUCUUGGUUCUAAAGUGGUUCUUGGUCCUAAAGUGGUUCUUGGUCCUAAAGUGGCUCUUGGUUCUAAAGUGGGUCUUGGUCCUAAAGUGGUUCUUGGUCCUAAAGUGGUUCUUGGUCCUAAAGUGGUUCUUGGUCCUAAAGUGGUUCUUGGUCCUAAAGUGGUUCUUGACGUGGUCCACACCGAGGGCCCUCUGGACGGCAGCCUUUACGCCAAAGUCCGCAAAAAAGACAUCGAUCCUUCACCGACCUCCAACGGUCUGGUCCCUCCGCCCUCUGUGGACCAGGCCCUGUCCGUCAGCAGCGACUCUGGACACUCCACGGCCUCCAUCAAGACCGAGAGAGACCAGAGAGAGAGACCAGAGAGGGAGACCAGAGAGAGACCAGAGAGAGCGUCCAAAGAGACGAUUAGCCCGCAGGAGAAGCAGGAGCUGGAGCAGCUUCUGAGCGGCUUGCAAGGCCCCAUGCAUCGGCAGCCGUACUUAUCCACGGCUAACGCUAACGGUGGCGCGAUGCUGCAUCUCGUUCCCGCUCAGAUCCACGUCAACGGUCACACUGGGAUAGAGCGCGAGACCGAUAUCUUGGACGAUGAGUUCCCGACGAGUCAAGAAGGCAACAGCGUGGACAGUCUGGGGACCUUCUCGUCACUGGAAGAUCGAGCUACAUCUGCUGAGCUGUACUUCCAACCCGAGACCGACGGAGACCAUGUGGCGUAUUUGGAACGGACCACGCCCGAGAAACCCUCGUUAAACUCAAACGUAACGCAGCCGCCAGCUCCGACGCGGUCGACGAGCAGCCGGGAUGCAGUGCAGCGAGGGUUGAAUGUGUGGCAGAAGUUUGGGGUGACAGAGGAGCCGGUGACCGAGGGGAUCGAGUUUAGCCCCUCCCACUUAGCCGUUAGCUACACCCAUAGCUUGCCGCAGUUCCCAAACCGCGGCUCGGCAUCGCAGCAAGAAAUCGAACAGUCCAUCCAAACGCUGAACCUGCUGAUGCUGGACCUGGAGCCGGGGAUGACCCGGUCUCACAGCGUCCAGGCCGUAGUCACCGCACAACCGUCUGUCUCACAAACGCAACAUUUCAAUGCAGACGGAGCUAGCUUGCGCAAGAAUGUCACCAGUUUGGAGGUGAUGCCGGGAAAGAGGAGUGUGCUGGAGCAGAAGAGGAGGCAGGAGGGGGAGGAGAAGAAGCCGGUGGAGGUGGGAGUGCCCCCUGGUGGCGGUCAGGUGGUGCUGCUGGAGAGAGAGGCUGACGAGACCGAGGAGGUGUUCAACGUGGAAGGACUGGUGAAGCAGAGAGUGGCAGAGUUCUCGGCUCGUGUCCAGAUUUCCAAAAUGGCGGCCUGGUCCUCGUGGCUUCCGGACCCUCGGCGCGCUCUCUCGCUCUGGGGGGUCCAGGCCAGAGCUCUGGAGGAGCCUCCUCUCCCCCCCCAGCUGACCUUUGACCCCCAGCUGACCUCUGACCCCCAGGGGAACCCCCUGCGCUCCCCGGUCCGCUGUGUGUCUCCAGAGUUUGUGAACGCCAUCGCCCUGAACCCAGGAGGGCGUCCCAAAGAGCGGCACAUGCACAGUUACCGCGAGGCCUUCGAGGAGCUGGAGACGGCGCCCCCUGCUGUUGGUGGUCGGUCUCCUCCUGGUCUGGCUAAGACUCCUCUCUCGGCUCUGGGCCUGAAGCCUCACAAUCCUGCAGAGAUCCACCUGAACCAGACCGGAGCAGCUCCCAGAACGUAUGUGGAGUCUGUGGCCGCAGCAGCAGGACCAGACCCCCCCUCGUCUCUGCGCCGUGGGAGCCCCCUGGUGGACAGAGAGAGCACUGCAGCCAACACACAGAGCCAAUCAGAGAGCAGCAUCACAAAGGCUCCGAGCCAAUCAGAGGAGAGACAGCACAAGGCCAGCAGCCCAGUCCUGGAGCGGCUUCUGUUCUCACAGCACCUCAGCCAAUCAGAGGCCAGUGUGAAGCCACGGCCUGAGAGCCCUGAAGGGGGCAGCACUGAGGAGACCGGCCCUCUGUCCAGCAGCAGCCCUGUCCCCUGUACCAGCAGGGAGUUUCCUUCUGUGGACAGCGGCCUCAGCACUCCGUCCCAACCCACCACCGACUCUGGCUUCCGCUCCCAGACCGCAGAAAGCUACUACCAGACUCCCACUCCCUCCUACACCCCCACUUACCCCAACAGGUCCUCCCCAAUGCCUGCCUACCCUCCUGGGACCUCCCCUGGUUCAACCUACCCAACCAGGUCCUCCCCUGGUUCAACCUACCCAACCAGGUCCUCCCCAAUGCCUGCCUACCCUCCUGGGACCUCCCCUGGUUCUGCCUACCCAACCAGGUCUUCUCCUACGCCUGCUUACCCUCCUGGGACCUCCCCUGGUUCUGCCUACCCAACCAGGUCUUCUCCUACGCCUGCCUACCCUUCUGGGACCUCCCCUGGUUCAACCUACCCAUCCAGGCCGACCCACACUCACACAAACCCUCCAGAGAGCUCUCAGUCUCCUGCAUACUUCCACCAGACCUUCCCCUCGUACCUGGACUCCUCCUAUGUCCCGUCCCCUCACCCUGGGCAGGAGGCCUCAGCAGUGGCCCAGGGCAGUCCGCUCUCCCUCCACCGGCUGGUCCCAGGGCUCCAGGCUAACGGCUUGGAGGGCGUGGGGGGGCGGGGGGUGGGAGGCAGCCCGGUGUUUGUGCGGAGGAUGUCACAGAGCAGAGACCAGAGGAGCCCGGUAAUGACCCGGCAGGCCUCGAUCGGGAUGCCCCAGCAGAGCAGCCCGGUCCUGGGGAGACACCCUUCCAUGUCGCAGAUGUCCCAGAGGAGUCCGUCUCUGGACCGUCACCCUCUGCACAGCGGUUACACCACCCCAGACCCGGAGCUCCACGGCAGCCUGUCCCGCCAGAGCAGCUCGUCCGGCUACCAGGGUCCAGCCACGCCCUGCUUCCCCCUGUCCCCCGGGUCUCCAGGACCAGGGUCAGGACCAGGGCUCGAGCUACAGCCGCUGCUCCCAGAGAAGAGGCGCAUGUCGAGCGGAGACAAGCCCACUGCGGUGUGCUACAACACGCUCAACGGGAAGACCGGGCCGGGCUCUGGACUGGGCUCUGGACUGGGCUCUGGACCGGGCUCAGGAGCGGGCUCUACGGCGGCCUCGGCGGGGCAGGGGUACUUCCACACUCUGUCAGACUUCUCUCGGUUCCAUAUGUUUGAGGGCAGCGCUGAGAGCAGGCUCAGCGCCAAGUUCGUCCAAGACACAACCAAGUUCUGGUACAAACCAGAAAUCUCCAGAGACCAGGCCAUCAGUCUCCUGAAGGACAAAGAGCCUGGAGCCUUCGUGAUCCGAGACUCGCACUCGUUUAAAGGAGCGUACGGUCUCGCCAUGAAGGUGGCCUGCCCCCCUCCCUCUGCCCCCCCCAACAAGAAAGGAGACUCGAGUAAUGAGCUGGUGCGACACUUCCUGAUCGAGAGCAGCUCUAAAGGCGUAAAGCUGAAGGGGUGUCCCAACGAGCCGUACUUUGGUUGCCUCUCUGCUCUGGUGUAUCAACACACCAUCACUCCUCUGGCCCUGCCCUGUAAACUGCUGAUCCCUCCUGCAGAUAUGAGUGAAGCGGCUGCAGAGAGUGUGACGACGAACCCCGAGUGCUCUCAACUCAAACAAGGAGCAGCCUGUAACGUGCUGUACAUAAACUCUGUGGAGAUGGAGUCGCUCACUGGUCCUCAGGCUGUGGCCAAAGCCAUCUCUCACACUCUGGGCUCCACAGCGCCCCCUGCUGCCACCGUGGUGCACUUUAAGGUGACGGGACAGGGCAUCACGCUCACGGACAACCAGCGCAAGGUGUUCUUUCGCAGACAUUACCCGUGUAACACUGUGACGUUCUGUGAUACCGACCCCCAGGACAGGAAAUGGAGCAAAGCGGACGGAGGCUCGGCCAAGUUCUUUGGCUUCGUGGCUCGUAAACAGGGCAGCACCACAGAUAACGUCAGUCACCUGUUCGCCGAGCUGGACUCUGCUCAGCCCGCCGCCGCCAUCGUUAGCUUCGUGUCCAAGAUGAUCUCAGCACAGAAGAGAUGA